AUGCCCAAUAACAAAGAAACUGGUCUUUCCGCACGUGAAGCGGCCCGUAUCAUAUUCUGGAAUGUGCAGACCGGCUUAAUGCGUGGUGCGCGCCGGAGUCGGAUAUUAAAUGCUCAUUUUACCAGGGACAAGAAAAACCAUCUUGUUGAUGUCAUUGUUCUGUGGUUCGAAACAUUUGAAACGAUGAACUGUUACCUCCAAACUCAAGACACGAAAGAUGAAAUAUCAAGGGAUGAUGGAUAUCCCAAGUCCGACGACCCGAACGCGAACCACAUUGCAUGGAGUUCACAUGUAGCGCCCAACCACAGAGAUGUUCACAAACCAUCUCGACACUAG